AACAAACAGAUAAGCAUUCCAGUAUCGGUGACCAGACAGGCUACUCUGUGAAACAAUCAUUUGAAUAGCAAUAGUAAUGAACACUGUGUGUUGACUUGUACAGACAGGUUCGGCUUUGUGGAUUUUGCCCUGUCUUUAUCAUUUAUACUGUAGUUAAUUUAUUACUCUGGGGUUCAAGGGUGUGUUACUCAGUUCCCUCAUUUUGCAGACGUUCUUUUUGAGCAUUGCUGUUCCUUCAGCUCUCACUGGAUUCAUCUUAACGGGAUAUAAUGGACCUGAAAGAGUACUUGAACAGAAUUAGGUUUACUGGCCAAUAUGACAAAGCCGACCUGGACAAUUUGUUCACCAUUCACAAACUGCAUGUUAUGAAUAUUCCGUUUGAGAACGUCGGCAUCCAUUCUGGCGAGAGGAACACUAUGGACCUGCAGAUUAUCUAUGACAAAAUAGUCAAGAGCAAUCGAGGAGGCUGGUGUUGUGAAAACAAUCUCUUGUUCUCAUGGGUUCUGAAGGAGAUGGGAUACAAAUUCACCAUACUAGGCGCCAGAGUGUACAACUCUCAGGAACAGCAGUUUCUCCCCAUAGACUGUCAUUUCAUCAAUCUGGUAGAGAUUGAUGGAAAGCAGUACAUUGCAGACGUGAGCUUUGGAGUGUCGUGCCAAAUCUGGCAUCCCUUAGAGUUGAUAUCGGGUAAAGACCAGCCACAGCCUCCAGGCGUAUUUCGCCUCAUAAAUAACGGGAUGAAGUGGGUUUUGGAGAAGACUAACAGGAAGCAACUGGUCCAAGAUCAGGCCUUUGCCAAUUCCAGCCUCGUUGACAAACGGCUCACCAAAACAUUAUACUCCUUCACAUUAACACCCCGUGAUGCAGAUCAUUUCCAGGAGGCGUCAGAUUUGCUGCAGACUAGUCCAGAAUCUCUGUUCAUGCUCAAAUCCAUUUGCUCCCUUCAGACACCCACAGGCUACAGAGUUCUGAUUGGAUGGACGUACAGUGAGGUCACAUUCAAAGAAGACUCAGACUUGGUGGACAUGAAGAUUAUCCCAGACUGUGAGAUAGAGGCUUUACUGAGAGAAAAGUUUAACAUAGUGCUGGUUAAUAAAUUCACACCCAAAAACAACAAAGCUGAUUAUUGCAUCUAGUACUCAGAUACUCCACUCAUCUAAUACUUUUAGUAAUCAGUGUGUUUUGUUUUACUAUUAACAUUAAAAUUGUACUUUGUAAAGGCUCUCAGUCAUUUAUGUUUUAUCUUUCUUUUAUUAUUUUGUUAUCGAAUCAUCUUUAGAUACAUAUGUUAUAUAGACUGUAAAACCGAUGUCUUAAUGUUACAAAUGUCACAGGACAAUGUGGAGCAAUAAUUUUCCACUGUAUUUGUUUGACAUAAUACUUGUUGGAUUUGUACUUGUCAUGACGUAACCAACAUUAUUCAGUAAACUGUGCUCAUGAUUA